CCGAUGGGCAAUUGUGGAGCCGCCGGAGCCCCUUUUAAGCUCACCCGUGUUCGCUAUGGAUACACAGUCGUUGGUAAAGGAACGACUUGCUAAUCAUGGCCGAAGCUAGAACGUGAAGCAGAUGUCUAUCGACUGCUCUAUUCUGCACAGGGCCCAGCAGUUUCUGUUUAUCUGGGCAAGACCAGCUUGCGAAACAUGUUUUACCUCUUCGGUGUUGGAAAGAACCGGCACAUGAUUCUAAUAGGUUGAGAUGGCGACGAGAUUGAUAGAGUCUGGAUAAUUAAAAAGCCCAAGAAAGAUCCCUUAGCCAUGAUCCGGUUCCUAGGGGUUGUACACACGGACCUCGCGCCGACAAAUAUUCUUUGGAACCCCGAGCUAGAUCGGGUCCUUAUUAUCGACUUGCAUCUUUGCGUAUUGGAACUAAACAAGAUGAAAAAGACGCCAAAAAGGCUAACUUCAAGUAACCUCCUGGUUCAGCUUACGGGAAAUGAGAAGCAGCGGCAGCAUUGCUCGAACCACUGGGUGUGCUUACAGCCCUUGACCGAGAAUUGUCCAAACGACAAGUAUGACUUGGACUGAUAAGGCCUCUUGGCGCUGCAGACCUUUUGAUUCUGACGAUUGUUCACCAUCAUUCCGUGUUACACUGUGUAGUAGUCUGUAAAGCUUCCGUUAAUGAUUUUUCCAGAGAUAUAUCAGAGUAUCCGGCC